AUGGAAGGAUCCUUAAUAAACCUCAGAAAUUCUCCGGUCGCCGGACCCAUCAUCAGCACCUUACCAACCUGGAAGCUUUACGACAAUCCACACUACGCCGAGUGCUGCAAUGAUUCCACUCUCCACCUCCACUCCUCCAGCUGCAUCUCUCCUUAUCUUCGACUGAUCCUGGCCUCCGAACUCGAUCUCGCCGCUUUGCUCAGGCCAAUGGACUGCGACCGGACUCCUUCCGAGCUCGAACUCGCGCAAGCUCAGAUUGAGGAGCUGAAGGCUGAGCUGGAGUUCGAGCGGCGGAUGCGGCGGAAGGUGGAGUCGCUCAACAAGGCGAUGGCGAGAGAGCUGACGGAGGAGAGGAAGGCAAGGGAGGCGGCGCAUGGCCUGUGCAGGAGGCUCGAGGGGGAGCUUGCGAGGAAGAAGGAGGAGGUGGACCGGGUGCUGAGGGAUAUCGACGAGGAGAGGAGGAUGCUGAGGAUUGCCGAGGUGUGGCGGGAGGAGAGGGUGCAGAUGAAGCUCUCAGAGGCCAGGUUGCUGAUGGAGGAGAAGCUUCAGGAGAUGGCAGCGAUCCAGGGCAAGAGAGAGAUGCCAAAGAAAGGGGAUCAGGAGGAAGGUGAGUUAAAGCUUAAUACUGUUCCAUCAAUCCAGAGAGGUCCAUGUGAGAAUGCUGAGAGCUUCAGUGAGAACAAUGGUGGCACGGUGGGAUCAACUGGACGAGCCAGCCAGCCAAGUCAGCAGCGUAGGGAACCGGAGAAUCCUCACAUCAAGAGAGGGAUCAAGGGGUUUGUGGAGUUCCCUAGGGUUGUUCGGGUUCAUGGCUCUUCUAAGGAGGGGAGGGUGCACUUGGGGUCUAAUCUAGAGUGUCAAAGGGCUCAGCUGCGGAUCCUUCUGAGGCACAGGAAUCCGGUGGGUUUGGGCCUCUUGGGAAAUUCAGAGAAUCUGGUUAUGUGA